AUGCCCAGGGGACAAAAGAGUAAGGCUCGUGCCCGAGAGAAGCGCCGCCAGGUCCAAGAGGAAGCCCAGGGCCUCAAGGAUGGUCAAGCUAAGGCAGGAGAGAAAGGAGAGUCACCCUCCUGCUCUGAUCGUGGUUCUGGAGAGGCUGUUGCAAGCACCUCUACUGCUGGCUUCCCGCAGAAGUCUAAAUUUCAGGGUGGGCUACCCCCCAGCAUUGCUAGGAAACGUGGUGCCUGUAGAAGAUCUCGUAAAAGUAUCAAGGGCCCAAGAGAGGAAAGUAGUAGUUGCUCUAGGGUCCCACGCUUCAAUGACAACCCCCAGAAUGAUCUUCUAACAAGGAAGACAGGAAUCCUGAUGCAGUACCUGCUCUGCAAGUACAAAAUGAAACAGCCAGCAAAUAAGGGUGAAAUGCUGAAAGUUAUCAAUAGAAGGUUUAAGGAACAGUUGCCUGAGAUUCUCAAGAAAGCUUCUGAGCGCAUUCAGCUAGUUUUUGGUCUUGAGGUGAAGGAAAUUAAGCCCAACGGUGGCUACUACACCCUUGUUAGCAAGGUAGAUCCCAGUGUUGGUGGUAAUCUGACCACUAGCCUGCCAUUUCCCCAGAAUGGGCUUUUGAUGCCUCUGCUGGGUGUGAUUUUCUUAAAUGGCAACCGUGCCACUGAGGCAGAGAUCUGGGAAUUCCUUAAUAUUUUGGGAAUUUAUGAUGGGAAGGCACACAUAAUCUUUGGGGAUCCCCGGAAGCUUAUCACCAAAGAUUUGGUUAAGGAAAAGUACCUGGUGUACCAAAAGGAGGCCAACACUAAUCCUCCAUCCUUUGAGUUCCUUUGGGGUCCCCGAGCCCAUGCUGAAACUACCAAGAUGAAAGUCCUGGAGUUUUUAGCCAAGGUUAAUGAGACCAUUCCUCAGGCCUUCCCAACUCAUUAUGAGGAGGCUUUGAGAGAUCAGGAAGAGAGAGCCCGAGCUGAAGCUGAAGGCAGUCCUGGCACUACUGCCAAAGAUAAGGCUAAGUCUAAAGUCACACUUGUUGACUCCUCUUGCAAAGAUAAGGCUAAGUCUAAAGUCACACUUGUUGACUCCUCUUGCAAAGAUAAGGCUAAGUCUAAAGUCACACUUGUUGACUCCUCUUGCAAUGAUAAGGCUAAGUCUAAAAUCACACUUCUUGACUCUGAUAAGACUAAGUCUAAAAUCACACUUGUUGACUCCUCUUGCAAAGAUAAGGCUAAGUCCAAAGUCAUACUUCUUGACUCCUCUUGCAAAGAUAAGGCUAAGUCUAAAGUCACACUUGUUGACUCUUGCAAAGAUAAGGCUAAGUCUAAAGUCACACUUGUUGACUCCUCUUGCAAAGAUAAGGCUAAGUCUAAAGUCACACUUGUUGACUCCUCUUGCAAUGAUAAGGCUAAGUCUAAAAUCACACUUCUUGACUCUGAUAAGACUAAGUCUAAAAUCACACUUGUUGACUCCUCUUGCAAAGAUAAGGCUAAGUCUAAAGUCACACUUGUUGACUCUUGCAAAGAUAAGGCUAAGUCUGAAAUCACACUUGUUGACUCCUCUUGCAAAGAUAAGGCUAAGUCCAAAGUCACACUUGUUGACUCUUGCAAAGAUAAGGCUAAGUCUGAAAUCACACUUGUUGACUCCUCUUGCAAAGAUAAGGCUAAGUCCAAAGUCAUACUUCUUGACUCCUCUUGCAAAGAUAAGGCUAAGUCUAAAGUCACACUUGUUGACUCCUCUUGCAAAGAUAAGGCUAAGUCUAAAGUCACACUUGUUGACUCCUCUUGCAAAGAUAAGGCAGAUUCAAAAGUACCUGCUGACUCCUCUUGCUCCUACAAAGAUUAG